AUGUCUACAUUUGGUUCUGUUUUCCGUGUCACUACAUAUGGUGAAUCCCAUUGUAAGUCAGUCGGCUGUAUAGUUGAUGGUGUUCCUCCUGGCAUGUCAUUAACUGAAGAUGACAUUCAACCUCAAUUGACUAGAAGAAGACCUGGUCAAUCGAAACUGUCAACUCCAAGAAAUGAAAAAGACAGAGUAGAAAUUCAAUCAGGUACAGAAUUUGGUAAGACUUUGGGUACUCCAAUUGCUAUGAUUGUUAAGAAUGAAGAUCAAAGACCUCAUGAUUAUUCUGAUAUGGAUAACUAUCCAAGACCUUCUCAUGCUGACUUUACAUAUUUGGAAAAGUAUGGUUUAAAGGCAUCUUCAGGUGGUGGUAGAGCUUCUGCCAGAGAAACUAUUGGUAGGGUAGCUGCUGGUGCAAUUGCAGAAAAGUUUUUGAACCAGUACUCAAAUGUUGAAAUCGUUGCAUUCGUUACCCAGAUUGGUAAAAUUAAGAUGAGCAGAGAUCCAUUUGAUCCAAACUUCCAUCAAUUGUUACAAACAAUCACUAGAGAAAAAGUUGAUUCUAUGGGUCCUAUUAGAUGUCCUGAUGCUUCUGUUGCUGGCGAUAUGGUAAAAGAAAUUGAACAUUAUAGAGGUUUGAAUGAUUCCAUCGGUGGUGUUGUCACUUGUGUAGUUAGAAACUUACCUGCCGGUCUAGGUGAACCUUGUUUCGAUAAACUGGAAGCUUUGUUAGCCCAUGCUAUGUUGUCUAUUCCAGCUUCAAAAGGUUUUGAAAUCGGUUCUGGUUUCGAAGGUGUUGCUCUGCCGGGUUCUGAACAUAACGAUCCUUUCUACUACGAUGAAGAAGAAAAAAGAUUAAGAACAAAGACCAACAACUCCGGUGGUAUCCAAGGUGGUAUCUCCAAUGGUGAAAACAUUUACUUUUCAGUUCCAUUUAAAUCAGCUGCCACUAUUUGCCAAGAACAAGAAACCGCUACAUAUGACGGUAAAAGUGGUGUUUUAGCUGCAAAGGGUAGACAUGAUCCAUCUGUCACUCCAAGAGCUAUUCCAAUCGUAGAAGCUAUGACUGCUCUGGUCUUGGCUGAUGCCUUGUUAUUGCAAAAAUCAAGAGAUUUCGGUAGAUCAGUUGUUCAUUAA